CGCGUCCCGGUUGUCAAACAUGGCUGAAGCGCCGCCGCUGCCGCUACGGCCGCUUCGGGGAAAAUGCUGAGUCCUCCCGGGUCGGGCGAGCGGCGGCGGCGAAGGCGGCGACGGGGACUCGCUUCCCGGACGCGGGGGCGGCGACCAUGGCGCGGCUGGCGGACUAUUUCAUUGUGGUAGGCUACGACCACGAGAAGCCAGGGUCAGGAGAAGGAAUGGGGAAAAUAAUCCAGAGAUUUCCACAGAAGGACUGGGAUGAUACACCUUUUCCGCAAGGUAUUGAAUUGUUUUGUCAGCCCGCUGGAUGGCAGCUGUCUAGAGAAAGGAAGCAACCGACGUUCUUCGUGGUGGUACUAACAGAUAUUGACUCUGAUCGACAUUACUGCUCGUGCCUAACCUUCUACGAGGCAGAGAUCAAUCUUCAGGGAACAAAGAAAGAAGAGAUUGAAGGUGAAGAGGAAGUGUCUGGUUUAAUUCAACCUGCAGAAGUAUUUGCUCCCAAAAGCCUGGUGUUGGUAUCCAGAUUAGAUUAUCCAGAAGUUUUUAGAGCUUGCCUAGGUCUGAUCUAUACUGUGUAUGUGGAUAGUUUGAAUGUCUCCUUGGAAAGCCUCAUUGCAAACCUUUGUGCCUGCCUUGUCCCAGCAGCUGGAGGGUCUCAGAAGCUGUUUUCCUUGGGUGCGGGAGAUAGACAGCUGAUUCAGACUCCUUUACAUGAUAGUCUUCCUGUCACAGGCACUAGUGUGGCUCUCCUGUUCCAGCAGUUGGGAAUUCAGAAUGUCCUCAGCCUCUUUUGUGCAGUCCUCACAGAAAAUAAGGUUCUCUUCCAUUCUGCGAGUUUCCAGAGACUUAGUGAUGCCUGUAGAGCCUUGGAAUCUUUAAUGUUUCCUCUUAAAUAUAGCUAUCCUUACAUUCCCAUUCUUCCUGCUCAGCUGCUAGAAGUUCUGAGUUCCCCUACACCUUUCAUUAUUGGAGUACAUUCUGUCUUUAAAACUGAUGUCCAUGAACUUUUAGAUGUAAUCAUAGCAGAUUUGGAUGGAGGCACUAUUAAAAUUCCUGAAUGCAUUCACCUCUCUUCCCUCCCAGAACCACUUCUACAUCAGACUCAAGCAGCUCUUUCUUUGAUUCUACACCCUGAUUUGGAAGUAGCAGAUCAUGCUUUUCCUCCUCCACGAACAGCUUUAUCCCACUCAAAAAUGUUGGAUAAAGAAGUCCGAGCAGUGUUCCUUAGAUUGUUUGCACAACUUUUCCAAGGCUAUAGAUCAUGCCUACAACUUAUAAGAAUUCAUGCAGAGCCAGUAAUACAUUUUCACAAAACAGCUUUCUUGGGGCAGCGUGGUUUGAUUGAGAAUGAUUUCCUCACUAAAGUACUCAAUGGAAUGGCAUUUGCAGGUUUUGUUUCAGAAAGAGGUCCUCCCUAUAGAACCUGUGAUCUCUUUGAUGAGUUGGUAGCUUUUGAAGUAGAAAGAAUUAAAGUUGAAGAAAAUAACCCAUUGAAGAUGAUAAAGCACAUCAGAGAACUUGCUGAGCAACUAUUCAAAAAUGAAAAUCCAAACCCUCAUAUGGCAUUUCAGAAAGUUCCACGCCCAACAGAAGGAUCACACUUGCGAGUUCACAUUGUUCCUUUCCCUAAGAUUAAUGAAGCUCUGGUUCAGGAAUUAAUACAGGAAAAUCUUGCCAAGAAUCAGAAUGCACCUCCUGCUACACGGAUGGAGAAGAAGUGUGUUGUGCCAGCAGGUCCACCUGUUGUUUCAAUAGUGGAUAAAGUGACAACAGUUUUCAAUAGUGCACAGAGACUGGAAGUUGUUAGAAACUGUAUCUCAUUUAUAUUUGAAAACAAAACUUUGGAGACUGAAAAGACCCUUCCUGCUGCACUGAGGGCCCUUAAAGGAAAGGCAGCAAGACAAUGUCUCACAGAUGAACUGGGUUUACAUGUCCAGCAAAACCGGGCAAUAUUGGACCAUCAACAAUUUGAUUACAUAAUAAGGAUGAUGAACUGUACUCUGCAGGAUUGUUCGAGUUUAGAAGAAUAUAACAUUGCUGCAGCAUUACUCCCUUUAACUAGUGCUUUCUAUAGGAAACUUGCUCCUGGAGUCAACCAGUUUGCUUACACCUGCAUACAGGACCACCCCAUUUGGACAAAUCAACAGUUUUGGGAGACAACUUUUUACAAUGCCGUGCAGGAACAAGUCCGUUCCUUGUAUCUUUCAACAAAGGAAGACAAUCAUGCCUCAUAUCUAAAGCAAAAGGAUAAGCUUUCUGAUGACCAGUAUCAGAAGACAGCCAUGGACCUGGCAGCCGAACAGCUUCGCCUUUGGCCCACUCUGAGCAAAUCAACUCAGCAAGAAUUGGUGCAACGGGAAGAAAGCACUGUCUUCAGUCAGGCCAUUCACUUUGCAAACCUUAUGGUCAACUUACUGGUUCCGCUAGACACGAGUAAAAACAAGCUCCUGAGAGCAUCAGCACCAGGUGACUGGGAAAGUGGAAGCAACAGCAUUGUCACAAACAGUAUUGCAGGAAGUGUAGCUGAGAGCUAUGAUACAGAGAGUGGGUUUGAAGAUUCCGAGAACAAUGACAUUGCUAAUUCUGUUGUGCGGUUCAUUACCCGCUUUAUUGACAAGGUUUGUACAGAAAGUGGUGUUACUCAAGAUCACAUCAAGAGCCUUCAUUGUAUGAUACCAGGAAUUGUAGCUAUGCACAUUGAGACCCUAGAGGCAGUACAUCGUGAGAGUAGAAGACUUCCACCUAUACAGAAGCCCAAGAUUCUAAGACCUGCUCUGCUGCCAGGAGAAGAAAUUGUAUGUGAAGGUCUUCGAGUCCUGCUAGAUCCUGAUGGCAGAGAAGAAGCCACGGGAGGUCUUCUUGGAGGCCCUCAGCUCCUGCCAGCAGAAGGAGCUUUGUUCCUCACCACAUACAGAAUUCUCUUCAGAGGAAUGCCUCACGACCAGCUAGUUGGUGAACAGACAGUUGUGCGCAGCUUCCCCAUUGCCUCAAUCACAAAGGAGAAGAAGAUCACAAUGCAGAACCAGCUACAGCAAAACAUGCAAGAGGGAUUGCAGAUUACAUCGGCAUCUUUUCAGUUGAUUAAAGUAGCAUUUGAUGAAGAAGUCAGCCCAGAAGUAGUAGAGAUCUUUAAGAAGCAGCUCAUGAAGUUCCGUUAUCCUCAGUCCAUUUUCAGCACUUUUGCUUUUGCUGCUGGACAGACUACCCCACAAAUAAUCUUACCCAAGCAAAAGGAAAAGAAUACUUCCUUUCGCACCUUCUCAAAAACAAUUGUGAAAGGUGCCAAAAGGGCAGGGAAAAUGACAAUUGGGCGACAAUAUUUAUUGAAGAGGAGGACAGGAACAAUUAUGGAAGAGAGAGUAAAUCGUCCUGGAUGGAAUGAAGAUGAUGACAUAUCUGCUUUCUCCAUCAUUACAGUUUCAGAUGAUAGUGAACUCCCCACAAGUACCCUGAAGGCCUCAGAGAAAUCUACAAUGGAACAGUUGGUGGAAAAAGCUUGUUUCAGAGACUAUCAGCGGUUGGGUUUGGGAACUAUAAGUGGUACCUCAUCGCGUUCAAAGCCAGAGUAUUUCCGAAUCACUGCCUCCAACAGGAUGUAUUCUCUGUGUCGGAGCUAUCCUGGCCUUUUAGUCAUACCUCAAGCUGUACAAGACACUAGUUUACCAAGAGUAGCCCGCUGCUAUCGACACAAUCGCUUGCCUGUUGUAUGUUGGAAGAACUCGAGAAGUGGUACUCUGCUCCUUCGAUCUGGAGGAUUCCAUGGGAAGGGAGUUGUUGGUCUUUUCAAAUCUCAGAACUCUCCUCAGGCAGCUCCUACCUCCUCUUUAGAAUCUUCCAGUAGCAUAGAACAAGAAAAAUACUUACAAGCCUUACUGAAUGCAGUUUCUGUCCAUCAAAAACUUAGAAGCAACAACACCCUUACUGUCAGGCCAGCACUUGCUCUGUCUUCAGGUGUUUGGACAAGUCUUCGCUCCAGCACUCGCCUGAUCAGCUCUCCAACAUCCUUCAUUGAUGUUGGCGCCCGGCUGGCAGGCAAGGAUCACUCAGCCUCCUUUGGUAAUAGUACCUACCUACAAAACCAACUCUUAAAACGCCAAGCAGCCCUUUAUAUAUUUGGUGAAAAAUCACAACUAAGGAGCUUCAAGAUAGAAUUUGCUUUAAAUUGUGAGUUUGUACCUGUUGAAUUUCAUGAAAUCCGGCAAGUGAAAGCCAGUUUUAAAAAGCUGAUAAGGGCUUGUAUCCCAAGCACUAUCCCUACUGACUCAGAAGUGACCUUCCUGAAGGCCCUGGCAGACUCUGAGUGGUUCCCACAGCUCCACAGGGUAAUGCAGCUGGCUGUGGUGGUUGCAGAAGUACUCGAGAAUGGUUCCUCAGUCUUGGUCUGUUUAGAAGAAGGCUGGGAUAUCACUGCACAAGUGACCUCCUUGGUGCAGUUACUCAGCGACCCCUUUUAUAGGACACUUGAAGGCUUCCGGAUGUUGGUUGAAAAAGAAUGGCUCUCCUUUGGUCAUAAAUUCAGUCAGCGAAGCAGCUUGACCUUCAACUCUCAGGGUAGUGGUUUCGCUCCAGUCUUCUUGCAGUUUUUAGACUGUGUACACCAGGUUCACAACCAGUAUCCUACAGAGUUUGAAUUCAAUCUCUAUUACUUAAAGUUCUUGGCCUUCCAUUAUGUAUCUAAUCGCUUUAAAACUUUUCUCCUGGAUUCAGACUAUGAAAGAUUAGAGCAUGGAACUUUAUUUGAUGAUAAAGGAGACAAGCAUGCCAAGAAAGGAAUUUGUAUUUGGGAGUGUAUUGACAAAAUGCAUAAGAGGAGUCCCAUUUUCUUUAAUUAUUUAUAUUCACCAGUGGAAAUAGAGGCCUUGAAGCCCAAUGUAAAUAUCUCCAGCCUCAAGAAGUGGGAUUACUACAUAGAGGAAACACUGUCUUCAGGGCCUUCCUAUGACUGGAUGAUGCUGACCCCCAAGCACUUCCCUUCUGAAGAGUCUGAUCUAGCAGGAGGAGCUGGGCCCCACAGUCGGAGAAAGACGGUGUGGCCGUGCUAUGAUGAUGUCAGCUGUACUCAGCCCGAUGCUCUCACCAGCCUCCUUAGUGAAAUUGAAAAACUGGAGCAUAAAUUGAACCAAACCCCUGAGAAGUGGCAGCAGCUAUGGGAGAAGGUAACUGUGGACCUUAAGGAAGAGCCAAGAGCAGACCGUUUCCAGAGACAUCCUGUAGGGUCCCCAGGAAUGGUGUCUGCCAACCCACCUUCCUAUCAGAAGCGGCCUGCCCUGCGCCUGCCAGACAGCAGCCCGAGCGAGGAGCAGAGCACCAGCGUCUCGCCGUCCAAUGGGGUGGAGCGGAGGGCAGCCACGCUGUACAGCCAGUACACGCCCAAGAGUGAUGAGAACAGGUCCUUUGAGGGAACACUUUACAAAAGAGGGGCUCUGCUGAAAGGCUGGAAACCCCGUUGGUUCGUUUUGGAUGUAACAAAGCAUCAGCUGCGAUACUAUGACUCAGGUGAAGACACAAACUGCAAAGGCCACAUUGAUCUGGCUGAAGUCGAAAUGGUCAUCCCCGCUGGCCCCAGCAUGGGUGCCCCAAAGCACACAAGUGACAAGGCUUUCUUUGAUCUCAAGACCAGCAAGCGUGUCUAUAACUUCUGUGCCCAAGAUGGGCAGAGUGCCCAGCAGUGGAUGGACAGGAUCCAGAGCUGUAUCUCUGAUGCCUGACACCGUGGACAACCCCAGAAGAAGAGGUGGGGAGAGAGUGCUGAUCCUUGCGGAACAGACAGCACGUCACCCCAAGGCCUGAGGCUCUUUCGCUCAUCUCACCCAGUCCCACUUGUUGCAGUUGCUGCAUCUCCUUAACUGGCAAGGAGGGUACUGGUUAGAGCCCCAGGCCCUUCUUGUGUAUAGCACUGAAUUAUUCUAACAGGGUCCCAGAUUAGGGAUCAGAAGAAUGCUCCUGAACCUGCUGGCAUCCAUCCCUUAGCCAAAAUGGCCCCCAGCUACUUGAGUAUUUCUACAUGAAGGUUCAGUUUGCUCUCGAAGGUCGUGAUUUCCUUGGAGAGCUUUUUAGCAAGCAAAAAUCAGAAGCCUCCAAAGAUCAUCUUACAUUCUGCACAGAGUGGGUUUCCCAUCUGAGGAAGCUGCUCUGACCUCUGAAAUGUUCACUUGUCUGGUGCUGCCAAAAGGUGCUUCCCUGGUCCCUGCUCUGCUAUUCACGAGAAACAUUGCUGUGUGGUGGCAGGUAAAGAGGGACUGCACGAGAUUAUCCUGGUGGAAAAAGAUUGCCCGGGGAAUGAUGUGAUGCAGCGAUCAGGCCGAAGCAAGGACACACUGCUUCCAAAACCCUGAUUCCUAUAGAAUCAGGAGCUCCAGGACACAGGGCCUCGUGUCCCUACACGUGCUGCUCCCAACAGCUUGCUACACGACAUAACUUGCAAAAAGCUGAAUGCACUAACCAACAGAACACUUGCACUGAACUCCUAAUCAAGAUGCUAGACUGAAGCCAGCUACUUGUGACCGCACCCCUUUGAUUAGGUCUCCCUGUGCCACGGCUGGACACCCAAGCGACACCUGCACCCACGAGCAGGGAGAGCUGCUCUUUGGUUCUCCUUACUGUUGAUAGCCUGGCAUUUGUCCAGCUAAGGCCUGAGGGUGCUGUUCACCCGCGAUGAACAGGAACCACCGCUCUGCCGCAGUUACUGAAACAGCCAGGGCCCUCGCUGGUUAGAUGCGUUCACUUUGAAAUGUUAAUAUGUCAAAUACCAAACUAAUAUUUCAAAAAUAUGUAUAUAUGAUUUCUAUACCCUUGUUUUUCAGAUUACCUGCUUAUAAUUUAAUAUAAAAUUAAACCAAUCUAGUCCUAAGAUUUCAGUAAUAAAAGUUCCCUUUUUAAAAACAUAAACUACUUUGUAGACUAAAAAUAAGCCAGAUUUUCAAAUUUAAAAUUAUCUACACAUUAGGGAAUAGAACUGUGUUAAUAUAUAAGAAAUCAGAGAAUAAUAAGAAUGAAGGGCUUUUCUAUCACAUUCAUUUUAUAAAUUUGCCACCUGUGAAAAUGGUUUUUGCACAUUAUUUGUAUUUUUCUUUGUAUAUGAAAUAAUUUUUUGUACUUUGUAAAAUAUGGAGCCCAUUGUACUUUCCGCUAUUUGAAACUGUACACAGUGCUUCUUUUGUAACUGGAUUCUUUUAACUUUCAUGAAGGCAUUACCGGCCUUACAUCCACUAACACCUUGAAUUAAAUUUAUUUCUUAAGAAAAUCCAUCCCUUAUGACUGUGAAGUAAAGCUCAUUGUGCAGCUCACAGCCCCCAGAGCGUCACGUCCAGGAGUCACACACAGGACGGAAGCAGGAUGCACCCUGGUCCUGCUAAUGUCACUGCCUUUGCUGAGGAAGUAUUAGGAUGCUGAGCCUGUGGCCUGAACAUCUGGGUCAGGCACGCAUUUCUGUAGCGUUGAGGAAGAUCCGAGCUUGAGGCUCUUGCCCCGGCUGCCUCUCGUAAGCUGUGUUGAGCAGGGUAGGUCCCUCAGCUCCUCUGUGUCACCUCUCCCGCGUACCACCUGCGUGCGUAGUGAUUUGCAGAUUUCGGGCGCGAGACACUGAAGUCUUGCUGGGAAGCCUCGGGGAGCUGUUGAGCAGCACAGACGCAAGACGUGAUUUCCAUUCUGGACAGCACUCUCUGGCUCGGCUUGGAGCUGAGGGCCUCGGGGCCGGACCUCAGAGGAGCCCUCUCCAAACAGGCACUGCUAUCCUCCAUGAGCCUCCGCUUUCCUGGGCUGAAGGGCACACAUACCCAGCCCAGGAGCCCCAGGCCUCCUUCCUGAGGACUAGCCUUAGGACCUGCCAGUAUGCCUUGGCUGUCCCUGAGAUUCAGUCUGGAGGGAAGCAGCUGGUCUGGGGUUUGAGCGGGAGCUGGGUUUAUGAUGUCAGCAUCAUGAAGCUCUGCAUUCCUCAGGUCGGAGUUAAAGGGAAGAACACUGGGUUCCAAGAAACCGUGACAAGCUGGACUCCUACAAGAACCUUUAGCGGGCCCCUCGCUACCCCUGCUCCUGUGACCGACGAGACGUAAGAGGAUACUCCAGCAAGGUCCCGCUGGAGCCCGAGUUCUUUAUCCCAUCUCCCAAACCUUCUAUCCUAUAAACUGCUAGUGGCAUGGCAGGCUUGCUUCUCAGCUGAAACUGACAUUUUAAACAUACUUCAUGAUUUAUUUUAAGAGUUACUGGGUGACU